GACACGAUGUUUCCCAUGUUGCAUGUCUGCAUAUAUUUCGGGAUUCAUUUCAUAGGCUUGUUCAUUUGUAUAGUUACUUACAUACACUACACUUACUUAAUACCUACCUACUUGCCUAACUACUUUUUAUCAUUGGAAUAUUAAUUAUUUUGUUCAAAAUAUAAGCCGUGAUUAUCUUACACUAUAUAUGUAUGUAAAGUUUAUUGAGCAUUUACAUUGUGAGUACAAUCAUACAUACAUGCCUACGAAAACAUGAAACUAAACCAGAAAAAUACAGGAAACACAUCAUCAUACAAGACACAUUGCAAUGGAUAUGCAUUACAUCAUACAUAAGUACACAAAAAAAUCUACACUAGAAACGCACGCUUGUAUAAAUAAAUCGUGCCAUCACAAAUUAAUUAUCGUCCUUUUUUUGGGAUUUGAUUUAUGUAUGCAUACAUUGACAAGAAAAAGAAACGAUGAUGAUGAUGACCGUGAUAAUGACAACUUAAACAACAACAACAACAACAAUAAUAAUAAUAAUAGUGACAACAAUAAUAACAGUAAUAAUAAUAAUGUUACGAAUAAUUUGCGCUUCCUUACAGUAUCGCGAACGAACGAAUACUUAAAUAACGUGUUUUGAAAACUUAUUUGAUGUUGGUCGAUAGAACGCAUUUCAAAAUUAUUAAGUGCACUUUGCGAAAGCUUGACAAAUCUUCAGUCAACGGCUUAAUUGAAUAUAUGUUGACAGCGUAUUGUAUGUUGACGUAAAUACAUCUAUUAUCGCAUAGAAAAAUAUUAUAGAAUUAGCAAGUAGAGCAACGCAGGGUUCAUCGCUGCUCUAUUUUUCACAAUUACUGCUCAGUUAUGCAUUGAAUUGUAAAUUAAUUCGUUGAUGCAUUUCUGUCUGAUAAGGCAUGACAUUUUUCAUUCGAAUAUAAUUCAUUACCCCCAUAUUACGAAGCCAAGUGUAUGAGGAACACGUAUGUAAUUGUUCUUAGAAUUAUUGAAAAUUUUCAAGUCAUAGUUUCAUUAUCUAUUUCUAAUUUCUGUUCAAAUUGAGUUAGGUGGUUCUGAUCGAGCGGCAUGAGAUCACAUCAAUGCAAGAGAGACGAUAAUUUAAGUUCAAACUUGUCGUUACAAUAUAUGGUAAAACAGGGAUACGAAUACAUGCAAAGUAUAAUUAUGAUCGCUUACCAGAAGCAAUAACGGAUGCCGCUGUGUAAUUAUAAUAUUGAUAUUCUCCGCUAGAUUGAGCGAAUGGUUUAUAUUGUUAAUUAGAGGUAUAACCACAUUCUCGCCGGAAGGAUGCCGUAGAGGCAACGGUGGUCCAAAAAAAUUUCCUUUAUUUAUUUCUUAUUCUCUUCAUUGUUUUCUCGGUUUAAGAGACCGCACGUUGCCGCAUUUUGUUUACACGCUUCGAGAUUGAACCUCAAAACAUCAUGUGCUGUCAGAGUGCGGUGUUCAUAUUCCCAUCGAGUCCUGUGCAAGUAUUCUAUUCUGAGUAAUUGGCAUUGCAUGACGAGGAGAAAUAGAUAAGUGUAUUUAUAAGCAAUCAAAAAUGGAAAAGUUAUCGAAGCCACAGAUAAUCUGUCACAUAGAGAAGUCUGUCAACUAUUCCCUCUUCGAUGCGAAAUGGAUACCAAGCAGCGCCAAGUUCGUUGUGAUGGGCUCGAGACCCAGGGGUUCGGGCAUUAUUCAAAUAUACGAAGUGUCAAAUGGCGGGCUGAAGCUCGUUAAAGACAUCGAACGAUCAAAUCCAAUGAAAUGUGGUACCUUUGGUGCCUCCAAUUUAAGAGAGAGAUAUCUGGCCACCGGAGACUUUAAGGGAAGAUUAAACAUGUACAAUCUUGAGGAUCCCUCCAUUCCGAUCUACUCUGUAAAUGCUCAUAAGGAAAUAAUAAAUUCCAUCGAUGGUAUCGGAGGUCAAACUGUGGGCUGUGGAGCUCCUGAAUUAGUAACAGGAUCGAAAGAUGGAAGCGUCAAAGUUUGGGAUCCCCGACAAAAGGGACGUCCUGUGGCAGUCAUGGAACCACGAGCAGGAGAUGAUCGUCGGGACUGCUGGGUAGUCACUUUUGGGAACUCGUACAAUUCAGAAGAACGAGUAGUUGCUGCUGGUUACGAUAACGGGGAUAUUAAAAUUUUCGACUUGAAGACAAUGGGAGUCAGGUGGGAGAGUAACUUGAAAAACGGAGUUUGUGGUAUCGAGUUUGACAGAAAAGAUAUAGCUAUGAACAAACUCGUUGCGACCACUCUAGAGUCAAAAUUUUAUCUAUUUGAUAUGAAAACUCAACACCCUAAAAAAGGUUUCUCGUAUCUAAUUGAAAAGGCUCACAAAUCAACGGUAUGGCUGGUCCGCCAUCUGCCUCAAAACCGAGAGAUCUUUAUGACUGCCGGUGGCGGAGGAUCGCUAUGCCUAUGGAAGUAUCAGUAUCCAGAGAAGCGUGUGACUACCGAUGCAGAUGGCAUAGAACAGGGUGUCGUAGGCUCAGUUCUCUUACUUCAAAACAGCACACUGUCAUCUCAGCCAGUCAGUUCCCUAGACUGGAGUACCGACAAACAGGGGCUUGCAGUAUGCACGGCAUUUGAUCAGUGCCUGAGAGUUAUAAUAACGACAAAACUGAACAUGUACUGAUAACCGAAGUAGAGUUAUUCUUCUCUGUAAGAAUAGGCACAGAAUUAUUCCGACUGUUGAGAAAAAGGUCUCCGUACUUCAGGCGGCGAGGAAGCGAUAAAGGAAGAGUACUCGCAAUAAAUAUAUUCCAAGUUCGAUUCGAA